AUGGAGCUGCGGGAACUGAACAAACUCGGACAGCUCGACGAUUUUGAAAGCUACUCAUGGACGAGAACUAUCGGAGACCGUCUAGAUCGAUUUAGAAUAUGGAGCGGUACCGGUUUCAAGCGCCGAUACCGCUUUUCGAAGGACACCGUACGGUUCAUUAUCGAGACUAUGCGGCCUGAUGUGCAGGCGAGCGAAUUGAACUGUGCGAUCGCACCGGAGCUGCAAGUGCUUAGCGCAUUGCGAUUCUUCGCAAAGGGCUGCUACCAGUACAACGCCUCCGACAUGGACCGAUUCAGUCACCCCAUACAGUCAGGGAUCGUCCAAAGAGUUGCCGUAGCCCUAGCCAGCAGGCGGUCAAAUUUCAUAAAAUUUCCCCUCUCCCUAGUUGAGGAAGAAAAGGCAAAGAAUAAAUUCCAGAGAAGAUUUGGCUUCCCAUUGAUCUUGGGUGUUAUAGAUGGCACCCAUGUCCGGAUUAAGAGCCCUAGCGGACAGACAGCACAGAUGUAUGUGAACAGGAAAGGGUACCAUUCCUUAAAUGUGCAGGUUCCAGAAGCUGAUGUCAAUACGCAUCAACCAUAUGGUCUUGGUGCAACUGGGUUUGUCUCUCACUUCCAGCUGGGGGCUGUGAGCAUUCAGGUCCCCAAGAAUAAGGAAAGGUUGAGGCAGCUGGUCACAAAGAUGAUCAAAGUCCCUUUGGUGGAUUACUACUGA